AGAGAUCGAACGAAGUACACUUUUGACAUAGCAGGUGGCAUCUAUAUGUUAACAAAUUAUAUUUGCUAAGGAGGCAAGCACAAUGACAAGCUUAUGGUUUUCUAGGCAAAACAAUGAACUGAAUAUGAUUAAAGCACGCUGUUCCUGAAAUCGCGUUCAAACCACCAUACAUUUCUUCCACCCGCGGAGUUACUUCUUUCCCGUCAAGUUGUCAUGUCUCAAUCAUUUAACGAUGUUACCACCGAGAAUCUUGCCCAGCUGUACCCAAAAAUACUCCAUACUCUAGCAGACGCCACGUUCAUUGCGAUCGACACAGAAUUUACUGGUCUUGGUGUGAAAGGUGAUAAUGUUCGUGCAGCUAACAUCGAAGAUCGAUACCAGAACAUGGCGAAGGUGGUUAAGUCACAUGCCCUGAAUGCGAUUGGUUUAACGGCUUUUAAAAGGACCUCAGAAGCAGAGAAGCCUUCUGUGUAUCGCGUAGACAACUUUAAUCUGCUGCUGUCGUUGCAGGCGAGCUAUACUGUUAGCGCGCAAAGUUUGAGAUUCCUCGCCGACAGUGGCUUUGAUUUCAAUAAGCAGAUCAGACUGGGUUUGCCAUAUACAACAGGAAGCGCCGAGGAUAAAGAUGCCUUUGGUGUGAAGAAUCUCUUUCGCAAUAUUCUGAUGGAUAUCAACCGGCUCCAAAUCCCGAUAAUAAUCCAUAAUGGCUUGAUGGACCUCAUGUACUUAUAUUACUCUUUGUAUACCGAUCUACCUAGCAACCUACAAGUUUUUGCAGCAGAUCUCUCCGACAUGUUUCCUGGUGGCAUCUAUGAUACCAAGUAUGUCUCUGACUACGUGUCCAAAGAGCCUGUCAGCUUCCUGUCCUACUUAUUCAAAAAGUAUGAACGUGAAGAAAAGCGAAGAUUGGCUAUAUUGAAUAACCCGGAUCAAGAUCACGGAGAGAAGUUUACCAAGCGGUGCUUUCGCGUGGAGAUACAGCCGCCCUUCCCAAUAGAGCAGGUUAUGAGAAAGGCAGUGGACGUUGAGGAGGAAGGCCGACUAGAUUCGUCAGCUGCGCAAGCGAGUAACUCAAGGAAGAAGAGGCGACGUAAAAACAAAGGCUCUUCUGCCCCGAAGGAGGAAAAGCUAUAUUGUGAACAGUAUGCCUUACAUGGAUACUGCAGGCAAAACAAACAGUGUGGCAAGUCUCAUGAUUUGGACUAUAUUUUAGAUGAAGUAGAAAAGUCCCAAAAGCGAAAAAAGACAGGUAUCACAGCUGCAGAUGAUGAAGAAGCAGCCGUUACUCCACCAGAUAUGAACGUUGAUGUUCCUCCGUUACCGGCUGCACCUCUGAUUCCUGGUCCAUCAUUUUAUCAUUCAGCACAUUUCGAUUCAUACAUGACGGGAUAUGUCUUUGUCCACCAGUUACAAGAAUUUCGAGAUUACACCACCCAUGCCAACAAAUUGUAUCUAAUUGGCAAAGAUAUACCUCUACCCAUUCAAAAGAGUGCAUUCACUAGUCUGAGCAAAGGCUGGCAGGAACUGAAAGCAGAGCUUCAAAAGAUGAACCAUGGUACAACUUCAUAGGAUGUCCACACUGUAAACACCAGUGAAUGUACGUAUUUUAUCUAUUUGUAUAAAUAGUUUCAUGUUAUCGUGAUUAGAUACUGGUCCAACAAUAUACGGGUAGAAUGAAUGAGAAGCAGUGUAAUAAAUAUACUUUUCUAACUAGAGUACUGUAAAAAAAAAAAAUCUUG